AUGCUCUCGCGCGUGGCUUGUUUACGGUGACGUCACGGCGCAGUCUCCUCAGUCUCUCUGGGUGGCGGCAGACAGUCUGUCUGCGCGUGAAACACGACUUCGAAUAAAAGAGUAAAAACGCGGAAUAUAAACACAAACAUGAGUGUGCACUGCAGCUGAAGAAUCCAAUGGGAAGACGGGAUACUGAACGGCAGUGCUGAGAGUCUCCUGAGGAGUCGUACAAUGCAGUGAACCAAAUGGGGCAUUGCAGUACCCGAAUCAUCGUCCUGUUCCUGCUUCAGUUCUUACAGACAUCAGCUAAAGAUGUCUCCAUCGGCUGCAUGUGUGUGGGCAGUGACUGUAAUGAGAAGGAGUGCACCGGAGACCAGUGCUACACCUCCGUCAUCAUCACCAACGAUGUGACGACGUUCAAACGCGGCUGCCUGGUUGGGCCGGAGAGCAAGCGCAUGACCUGCUCCGCGACACACACCGCCAGCCGCGUCGUAGAAUGCUGCUCACAGCACAUGUGCAACGCCAACGUCUCCCAAGAGACCCUGCUUCGACUGCUGCAGACCAGUCCAGAAACAGAAAAGACGGUGCAUUACCGUGUGGAGAUGCUGGUUCUCUUUGUGUUGGGUCCGUUUGUGGUUCUGGGAUUGCUGUCUGUGCUGGCUCUGCUGGUGUGCCGUCGACUCCAUCAUGGGCGUCUGGAGAGACUGCACGAGUUCGACACUGAGCAGGGGGCCAUCGACGGGCUCAUCGCGUCUAAUGUCGGAGACAGCACACUUGCGGACCUGAUGGAUCACUCCUGCACAUCAGGCAGUGGUUCAGGACUGCCGUUCCUGGUGCAGAGGACGGUUGCACGGCAGAUCAGUCUGGUAGAGUGUGUUGGUAAGGGACGGUAUGGUGAAGUGUGGAGAGGUCAGUGGCAAGGAGAGAACGUAGCCGUGAAGAUCUUCUCCUCCAGAGAUGAGAAGUCAUGGUUUAGAGAGACAGAAAUAUACAACACUGUUCUACUACGACAUGACAAUAUAUUAGGAUUCAUGGCUUCUGACAUGACCUCCCGUAACUCCAGCACUCAGCUGUGGCUCAUCACACACUAUCACGAGAACGGCUCUCUCUAUGACUACCUGCAGCGUGUUGCCGUGGAGAUGGCAGAUGGGCUGCACAUGGCGGCGUCGGUAGCCAGCGGGCUGGUGCACCUGCACACGGAGAUUUUUGGCACUGAAGGCAAACCGGCCAUCGCUCACAGAGACCUGAAGAGCAAGAAUAUCCUGGUGAAGAAAGAUCUGCAGUGCUGCAUCGCUGACCUGGGUCUGGCAGUAACACACACACAGUCUGAUAAUCAGCUGGACGUGGGAAACAAUCCUAAAGUGGGAACCAAGCGCUACAUGGCACCAGAGGUUCUAGAUGAGACCAUCCAGACAGACUGUUUCGACGCCUAUAAGAGGGUGGACAUCUGGGCCUUUGGUCUGGUGCUGUGGGAGAUCGCUCGCAGAACCAUCAGUAACGGAAUCGUCGAGGAAUACAAGCCACCUUUCUACGACCUGGUGCCUAACGACCCCAGCUUUGAUGACAUGAGGAAAGUGGUUUGUGUGGAGCAGCAGAGGCCGUUCAUUCCCAACCGCUGGUUUUCAGAUCCUACCCUGUCUGCUCUGGUGAAGCUCAUGAAAGAGUGCUGGUACCAGAACCCGUCGGCUCGACUCACCGCCCUGCGCAUCAAAAAGACUCUGGAUAAAAUCCACAGCUCGCUGGAGAAGGGCAAAACCGACUGCUGAGGAGAGAGAUCCAGACCAUUGGAUUCGAGCGCUGGCGUCUGUCCCAACCCUAACAUGCUGUUCAUUCGCUUUGUUCUUCCUGUCCAUUGGCCUAAAAACUUUUUAUAGAGAAUUCUGCUCUUUUAUGGAUGGUUUUUCCCACUUCCCCUCCGGAAAAGGAGAGAAAUACGGACACAGUCUGACAGGCCUUGAAUUUAACCCUCAAUCAUGGAUUUUUUUUUACGCCAUCACAUUGUCUAUUUAACCAUUGGCAGACUUUUAAGAUUUGUACUUUUCGGGAAAAACGAAGAGGACACGCUGAAAUGCAAUCUCUACCCGUAGUGUGUGUGUGUGUGUGUGUGUGUGUGUGUGCGCAUGAUUCUUAUUGCAACCAGAAGAACUUUAUAGCUGUAACGUCACUCGCUUUUAGAAAUAUGAUGGUUUUUGAGCUUUUCAAAGAUCCCAAUAAUUCUUGUAGAUGAUUUAGGCAAAAGUCAGUCACAGUUUUUGAAUUAGCUACAGUGAACUUGUGUUAUACAGCUCUUUGGUUACAAAAUGCCGCUAUGUAUAGUAGAGAACUACAGACUCUCUUAAAUUAGGCUUGUUUAGUGAUUUUGAAGCAGUGGUUAAAGGGAUAGUUCAUCUAAAAAUGAAAAAUCUGUCAUUCAUAUCAUUUUAACUAGGGAUGCACCGUUAUGAAAAUUUUGGCUGAUACCGACAUCUGAUAAUUCAUUAUAUUUGAAAUCUAAUAACUGAUAUAUUGGCCCAUUAAUCUUAAUCAAAUUUUUUUAUAUAAUUUGAGAGCCUGAUUACAAAAACAAGUCUCAAAUUUUGGCCGAUACCGAUAAUUCUUUAGAUUUGAAAGCCGAUAACCGAUAUAUUGGCCGAUAAGUCGAAAUCCAAAAUUUGAUAUAAUUUUUUGAGAGCCCGAUUACAAAAUCAAAAAUCUCAAAUUUUGGCAGAUACUGAUAACCGAUAAUACUUUAUAUUGGAAAGCCGAUAACCGAUAUAUUGGCCAAUAAAUAUAAAUCUAUUUUUCUAUAAUUUGAGAGCCUGAUUACAAAAACAAAAGUCUAAAAUUUUGGCAGAUACUGAUAACCGAUAAUUCUUUAUAUUUGAAUGCCGAUAACCGAUAUAUUGGCCGAUAAAUCGAAAUCCAAAAUUUGAUAUAAUUUGAGAGCCUGAUUACAAAAUCAAGUCUCAAAUUUUGGCUGAUACCGACAUCUGAUAAUUCAUUAUAUUUGAAAUCUAAUAACUGAUAUAUUGGCCCAUUAAUCUUAAUCAAAUUUUUUUAUAUAAUUUGAGAGCCUGAUUACAAAAACAAAAGUCUAAAAUUUUGGCCGAUACCGAUAAUUCUUUAGAUUUGAAAGCCGAUAACCGAUAUAUUGGCCGAUAAAUCUAAAUCCAAAAUUUGAUAUAAUUUUUUGA